CCUUUGGGAACCCUUUGGGAACCCUUUGGGAACCCUUUGGGAACCCUUUGGGAACCCUUUGGGAACCCUUUGGGAACCCUUUGGGAACCCUUUGGGAACCCUUUGGGAACCCUUUGGGAACCCUUUGGGAACCCUUUGGGAACCCUUUGGGAACCCUUUGGGAACCCUUUGGGAACCCUUUGGGAACCCUUUGGGAACCCUUUGGGAACCCUUUGGGAACCCUUUGGGAACCCUUUGGGAACCCUUUGGGAACCCUUUGGGAACCCUUUGGGAACCCUUUGGGAACCCUUUGGGAACCCUUUGGGAACCCUUUGGGAACCCUUUGGGAACCCUUUGGGAACCCUUUGGGAACCCUUUGGGAACCCUUUGGGAACCCUUUGGGAACCCUUUGGGAACCCUUUGGGAACCCUUUGGGAACCCUUUGGGAACCCUUUGGGAACCCUUUGGGAACCCUUUGGGAACCCUUUGGGAACCCUUUGGGAACCCUUUGGGAACCCU